AUGCCAUGUGUUCUACUGCUGCUCUUGUUACCGCCACUGAUACCGGUGCUAAGUCACCGAUGUUUCUCCAGAACUCUUCUACCCGUGCAUACAUUCAGGCACCCAGCGAACACCGCACAUUCGUCGUCGGUCGUCAAUAUGUCGCAGCAACGCAGCACGCGAGCGCUACCGACUCUACGGCAUACGACCCCGCGCGUCCACUCAACUGGGACAACGCGGACCGCGCGUGUCUACAAGAAGAACGCUUUCUCGCUCGAUGGAUGCCUUCGGCCUCUUCCGACGCGCGUCGCAGCACCGCUCGCAAGCCCCUUGGGUCCAGCGGCAGGAGGGGACAGUCUUGUAAAUCUUGGAGAAGCGCCAUCACCAGCGGAAGCGCUUAUGGCGAUCACCUGUGCACCUCCCGCCGAGAAGCCGGUGUCGUCAUCCUUCUCCCUGUACCCCACCGUAGAGUCGUGGCGGAGUCAGCUGCUGCGAUGCGAAACGGAACUGCGCGAGCUACUGGCAUGCGGAGUGCAUGAUCCGCCGUCGCUCAACCGCACGCUGAAAACGAUGGAGCUGUUUGAUCGAGUCAGUUACAUUAUACAAGCGCAGCCGAACACUUCCUUCAUUGGUGAUUUGCUGCGACUGUUCCGCGUCGAAUUCUGUCGGUCCAUAUUCGUUGCUCAAAGCAACGAUGACGCUGUGGGUGACAACAGUGACACCACUGGCUCUAUCACAGGAACGCAGCCACACAGAGGGGAGGGCACCGACGGCGACAACCUGAGGAGGCUGAAGGACGGCUCAUCCUUGCGUAAGGACAGCGGCCUGACACAGACUUAUUUUGACGAGGUGGAAUCACUCCGGCGCGCCAAGGCAUUCUUGACCGCUGCCCUGGGCAAGAGUACCUCUGGUGAAUCCCUUGUUCUUCUGCAGCGCUGCGUAGAGGAAAAGGAUGAGCAAAUCGCCUGGUACGAGGCGGAGCUUGAGCGAGUUCGGCGACAGUUUGACCAAGUGACUGACGAGUGUCGACGACUUCGCCAAAAGCUGGAGGCGGACGCGCAGGAGGCCGCCACGAUUCAGCGUCAACUACAGCGCGACAUUCAGAACCUCCACGUCGAGAAUAAAGAUGUGCAACUGCGACUCUUCCGACUGCGCAAACAAGUGUCGAGCAACGUGUCGAACCACUUGAGAGAAGGGUAUCGACAGCUGAAGCUGAGCAAAAUCGCGCAGACGCAGAGCUUGUUCGAUGAGGGAGAUGAGCGGGUGGUGCUGCUGGUGCUGCUCGGGCAGGUGGAGAGUCGUGUGAACGAGAUCUUGGACGCCUACGACAAUGACUUUGUGCUUACAACAGAAGCGUCGAGGCGGGAGCUUCGUAAGGCGAUGACCGACGACGUUGUAGUUCUCCUGGAGGACAUGCAUUUUUGUGACGCGGCAUACCGGCGCCUGGUCGCCGCGCACCGCACUGGUGGCAACAGCGGGAAGACGAUGGUGGCGGACGACGACGCCGAGCAAGCAGGCGCGCACAGAAUCCCUCUGGAGCUGGUACACAGUGGCAAUGACGAGGAGGCCCCGGAUGAAACGGACGGCUUCGUGGCCAUUCUGUUUGACCAGCGUGUAUACGAGUACUUCCAGGCACGGCACGCGAUGCAGGCGCGUCUGCAGCAGUACCAGGCGAUGAACGACAUCACCCCACUGCAGACGAAGGCGACACGGACGGCGCCGGGUAGCGCGAUGGGCUCCAUAGAGCUGGAUCCACCAAUGUUGCAUCAGGAAUCGCAGACACCGAUGAUGCACGAUAGACACGGUGCCGGUUGGCGUGAGCAGGUGCAUUCGAACAGCGAGCAAAGCGGCGCAUUGGCGCGACCGUCCACGGAGAACCAAGGCACCCUGACAAGUAGUCACAAGCCUGGGUCACUAGGUUCGCAACCGUUUCGGCCUGCAGCAGGUCUCCCAACGCCGUCCGUGACACCUAAAGGCCGUCUAUUGUCAAAACCACCAUCGUUUGCGCAGCACGCGCGGAACAGCAGGGCUGUUGUGACGAUACUGCCAGACCCGCCUGCUGCCCAAGGCGCGCCAUCGCUGAAGAGAGCUGGUCGAGGUCAGCGUGCAGAAUGGGUUGCCAACAUUCUCGGACCCUCGGCCACGUCUGUUGCCUUCACUAUUCCACGUCCUAACUCGGAACAGGCAGGUGUAGUGGUGAUGCGGCAGAAGGUAUCCGAAGUGUUGCCGGCCGAGACGGUCAUGCAGCGCGUUCUUCGCCACCCAAUGCACGACCUCAGCAGCGAGCGCUUUCUCAGCACCGUCGAGGUGUUCACCGGCGAGGACCCGGUACAGCAAAGGCUGCUGUGCCGUAUGAACUACGUGGAUCCCUCGUUGUCCAUUCAAGUGCCCGAUGCAACCAAUUUUGUGAAGAUCAAGUAUGCCCACGCUGAAAAAGCUCGCGUGGUGGCUGCCGCGUCGGCGGGUGUGAGGGAGUCGGUGGUGCCCCAAUCGUCCUCUCAGUCCAGUAAUGUGGGAGGUGGAGACAACACUGGCAUUUACCGUGGCAACCCGAACCUGCGCCUUUUUAAAGAGCUUGGCAGCAAGAGCCUCGUUGAGAAUAACGCUGGGUUGCAGUACCGCGCCGGCGCAGUGAGCUCGACGACGGCCUCGACAGUUGCGUUCCAGCGGCUAAACCCGCUGUCGCCAGAUCGCGCACCGGAGUGGUUGCUGUACCAGCAACUGUUUGGUACCUACCGCUCCCUCACUCCUCGUAUGAUUGAAGUGACCACCAUCGACCAUCUCAUGGCUUGCGCUUCGGAGCGCUUUUUUAUUCGCAUGGAGUAUCGCUAUGACGAGUGCCUCGCGCGUGCCGCGCAACAGUGUGCGAACUUGCAGCUGCGGCAGGACAUGGCGGGUCGGUUCUUCAAGGACAUGUACGUGCUCAGCGACUUUCAGGAGGCGCUAGUGGACGAGCUCGAGGCGCGAUACGGUUACCCAGAGCUAGUGGGAAAAACGCUCUACGAAAUUCUUUGCUAUCUGGACGCUGUGGUGGAGAAAGAUAGCGUUCUGGCUGCGUAUCUUGACGUGAUCCGUGGGUUUGUGUCCCCUGCGCAGGUGCACUUCGUGUCGUAUAUGUUGUACCAUCUGAGCUACUGCUGGCCUUCCGCUGACCCUACCGCUGCUGUCUCCGCGGACGACGUGCGGACUGUCUUCGACUACAUUUACCGCAACGCCUCCCCGCUACUCAUGAUUGACCCAGAGGACGUCUUUAAGGACUACAAUAUCGCCUCCCGCUCCGCUCCGCUGACGUUCGUGAGUAUGCGGCAGUUUCUCGCCUCUGCGAUGGCUCACAUAGAAGAGCCCCUUCUGCUGCUCCUACACGGGCGCUUCCACGCGCACACGCAGCGAAGCGCAACGGACGAGAUCACUUGGGACACCUACGAGACUGUUGUCACAAGGUGUGGCCGCAUGAAGGAGGAGCGCAGAAGCCUCGUACGCUUUCUCGCCAACGGACUCGGUGUCAACCGGCCUACCUUCCCCUCACUGCAACAGGUAACCUUUCUGGCAGCAAGCGCGUGGUGUUCUAAUCUGUGGGCUUGA